AUGUUGGUGGCUAUGAAGGAGUUGAAAGUGGCCUUUGGGGAUGAUGAGAAGAAGUACAAUUCCAUAUUGAAAAUGAUUGAACCGAGAUUUAAGAAUAAUCUUAGUGGAAUGCUACGUAAAGUGGGCUACUUUUUGAAUCCUUUUUUCUAUUACCCAGCUUACACAGACAUUGAAGGUGAUGGAAGCUUCAUGAAAGCCGUGGUGGAGUGUAUGCAUAGACUCUAUUCCGAUGACCAUGUGACUUUCACAAAGAUUGGAGAUCUAAUACCUAAUUAUCAAGAACGCCCAGGGCUUUAUGGAAACGAUACUCCCGAGUUGAUGGAGAUUUAUACAAAGAAGAGGAAUAUGCUAACUCAUAAAAUACUUCAUGAUUUAGUCUUUGUCAAGUUCAAUGCAAAGUUGAAGAACAAGCAUGCCGUUAUAGAUAGAGAUCCUUUAACCGCCUAUGAUGAUGAGGAAAGGGUCUCCGAAUGGUUGUUGCGUGAGGAGGGGAAUAAUAGUGAUGAUGAAGUAUUCCCGGGAGAGUGUUUGACCUUUAGGCAAGUUGAAGAUAUUUCGAAAGCUAAUACAAUGAAGAGAAAGAGUGGAAGGUUGAAAAUGUAUAAAAGAAAGAAGUAG